AUGGCACGCGUGCAAUUCGUGGUACAAGCCAGCUGCGAGAACGAAGGAGAGGUGCUCCACAUACCCAACAUAACGGAACCGUGCAUCACCUGCGUCUGUCUGGAUGGGAAGGCAGACUGUAAGCAGGAGAAGUGUCCCCUGGUGUCUGAGGACUGUGCUCUGGUGGUCAAACAGACGGGAGCCUGCUGUGAGAGAUGCAAAGGUUGUCAGCUGGAUGGAGAGUCCUAUAAUAGUUCUGUCUCCUGGACCAGCUCCACCAAGCCCUGCAUCUCUCGCCGCUGUCAGGAAGGUGUCAUAACUGAAGCGGAAGUGCAAUGUGUCGUCCACUGCAAGAACCCCAAGAUUCACCCCAAGAAGUGCUGUCCAACGUGCCAGAGCUGUAUCUUCGAGGGCCGUCUGUACAAAGAGAGGGAAGAGUUUCACCCCGAGGGAAAACCCUGUAUUAAAUGCACCUGCACUGGAGGGCGGACCCUAUGCAUCAGGGAGGUGUGUCCUGUCCUCUCAUGCCCCACCCACCUGAGCCACACUCAGCCCGGACAGUGCUGUCCCAAGUGCCUCGGUCAGAGGAAAGUGUUUGACCUGUCGAUGGGAAGUUGUCUGUUCCACAGUGAGGUCUAUGAGAACGGCACCUCCUUCAAGCACGACAACUGCACCAGCUGUACCUGCAAGAAUUCCACUGUGGUGUGCAGGAAGCGCUGCUCUCGGCCUGGCAGUUGCCAUGGUGACCAGUGCUGUGAGGAGUGUCUGUCCUUCGUGAAGGUAGCGGAAGUGAAGUACUGCCGGGUCAGGAACAAGAUCUACCGGGAGGGAGACAUGUGGUCAUCUGUGAACUGCACCCUGUGUGCCUGUAUCAAUGGGGCCAUCGAGUGCCAGCCAAAGCAGUGUGUGCCAAUCAUCAGCUGCCCCUCGAAUAAGAUCCUGAACAGAACAGGCUGCUGCCCGGUUUGCACUGAAAAGCCAGGCGUGUGUACCGUAUUCGGCGACCCCCACUACAACACCUUCGACGGGCGCACGUUUAACUUCCAGGGAACCUGCCAGUAUGUUCUGACUCAAGACUGUGGUGGUGUCCCCUCCGGCGGGGGUGGAAACAGCGCCGACUCUGGCUUCACGGUUCUGGUGAGGAACGAUGCGAGGCGAACCCGCUCCUACUCCUGGACCCAGUCAGUGGAGCUGAGGAUAGGAGGGCUGAGUCUCAGCCUGCACCAGCACCUGACGGUGAGGAGGAACGGCACACGCAUCGCCCUGCCCUACCAUGGCCCUGGGGUCCACAUCGACCUGGAUGGAUACCUGCUCAAACUCACCACCAUCGCAGGUCUGGAGAUCACGUGGGACGGGGACAGCUUUGUGGAGGUGGUGGCUGCUCCUCACCUGCGCGGUCGUCUCUGUGGCCUCUGUGGGAACUACAAUGGACACAAGCGGGAUGACACCAUGGGCAGCGACGGCCUCUUCAAGUUUGUCGUGGAUGAGUUUGCCGAGUCGUGGCGCGUGGACGGGAACGAGGUUUGUGCCCAGCCCCUCAGGAGGCCCACCUCGUACCUCUGUCCCGGCAGUGUAAAGGUGAAGUUCCGCGCCCACAGGGAGUGUCAGAAGCUCAAGUCUUGGGAGUUCCAAAAGUGUCACCGGGUGGUGGACUUUGCCUCCUUCUACAGGUCCUGUGUAACAGACAUGUGUGAGUGUCCGGUGCAUAAGAACUGUUACUGUGAGUCCUUCAUUGCCUACAGCCGGGCCUGUGAGAGGGAGGGAGCCCCCGUCCACUGGAAGCCAGAGGCUGCCUGCAUGGCCACCCAGUGUAAACACGGAGCGGUGUAUGACACCUGUGGCCCGGGCUGCACCAAGACCUGUGACAACUGGAACGAGAUCGGGCCUUGCCACAAGCCCUGCGUGGCCGGCUGCCACUGCCCAGCCAACCUGGUGCUGUUCCAGGGCCGCUGCAUCAAGCCCACAGCCUGCCCUGGCCGGUGACCCUAGUGUCCCAGAGGAAGGGGGCCGAGAGAGGGCCAAACAACCAACACUGCCUGGCACUCAGGGUUCAUACCUGGGGGAGUGAGGAGUGGGGGGAACAUGGGGGGUGAGUGUUGGGUGAUGGAUGGAUGAACAGACAGGCAACGAUGGACUGAAGGGAAUCUCAGAAGACAGGUGGGUCAGCUAGAGGCCUCGUCCACUCUGAGAGAGAUAGAUACCGGCCAUCACGGACUGGGGUUUGAAGCUCCGCUAUCUGCUGCUCUUACUCGUCCAGCAAUACCUUUGUGUUUCCACAGGAUGGCGCCCAUGUUGUCAUUAAAAUGGGAAAGGUAUCUGGAGGGAAACAUCACCCUUCUAGAUAAAGGGGAGGAGGCUCUUUGGGAAAGCCUUUGUGGCUAUGCUUCGUUAGUUACUGGACACUCAAGGGACAUCCAUCCAGACUGCUAUGGACCCUCAGGAAAAGGGUGGGGCUGGCUCUCUGUUGAGCCAAUAUGGCCUCAGUGUUUCACUUUGUUGCAGCACACAGACAUUCAAAACCAGGAAACCAACCAAUGCAUCUUGAACAAGCAUGUUCACCCUGCCAGCAUAAGGGAUAAGCUCUACGAUGAAUAUAUUGAACAACCCCCAGGUCUCACUUGCAUAGGAUUCUUUUAUACUGUAAACUAACAAGAUUUGUAUAAAAACAGAUAGCAUUUUGUAUUAUUAUUAUUGUUAUUUGUUUGUUGUUGAUAUUGUUAAUUUAUAUAUCGAUCAAUUGAUAUGUUGUAGCAAGAGCCAGAUUCAUAAAUCUAAUUUCGCUAUAAAUGAUUUAAAGGGAAAAAAGCUAUUUAUGUAUUUGUUGUUUAGUUUGUAUAAUUGUGUCUUGUUUGAAGAGAAACGCCCAAAUGUGACUUGGUUGUUGCGCCAUCGCAGGGAAGAAACGUACUGUAUUUUUAAAUGCUCAGUGUGUACAGGUUGUUGUGUGUUGAUUCUCAAACUGAAGGUGUUCCUCGAGACGUACAUUUCACUUGACUUUGUAAGUUAUUAUUUAAGACCAGCAAUAUAUAAUUUUCAUGAAACUCA